AUGGCUCCGCGUAGCAUCCAGCUUCCCAACCUCGUCGCACUCUGUGCAGACUUUGAGCUGCGCAGCAACUCGCGCUGCCAUGCUGUUUCCUCCACUGCGGAGCGAUGGGCGUUGGCGAGCACAUUCCUCGACGAGGAAGAACGGAGAACAUUUCCGGGUUUGCGCCCCGGCUUGCUUGCGGCCUUGUGCUACCCCACGUGCGACGCCGCGCAGUUAUUGCGCCUAGCGCAGUUUUUCGUCCUUCUCAUACACUGGGUCGACAAGGAAGAUGUAAGCGAAGAUGCGGAUGCGGAGGCUGCGUUUGAUCCGAUCCAACAACGAUUUCUUGGCGCCUCGCUUGUACCCUGGCGCGCUCGCUUUCUGCGGCACCUGAGCGCGUUCCACUCGUCGCUUGAACGCGUCGCGACGGACAACGCAGACGGCGUCGUGCCUGACUUCGAGUCGUACGUCACACUCAGAAGGGAUUCAUGCGGCAUUAAGAUGAUGUUUGAUCUCAUCGAGUACGCGGAAGGCCUAGUCGUACCGGAGGAUGUCUACGCCCUACCGGCGAUGCAGCAACUCCGUCAGAACGCUGUGGAUAUCGUGGCAUGGUCGAUUGACAUCGCCUCGUAUGCGCGCAAACAAGCAAGGGACGACAAGCAUAACCUCGUCGCAGUGCUCAUGCCUCAGAAGGGUCUCGCGGCACAGGGUGCCGUGAACGCUGCGGCGCAACUCGUGAAAGCUACUGCCGCGAGUUUCCUCGCAAACGAGCGAACAGUCCUCCGUUCUUCAUCGUCUGGCGCGACGGACGCCGACAUCCGCAGGUUCAUGCUAGGCCUGCGUGACUGCGUCGCUGGCGCGGUGCACUGGCUGUACGAGACGGAGCGCUUCUUCGGGGAGUCUGGCGAGGACGUACGCACGUUCGGGUGGGUGUUCUUGCCGCCCAAGGAAACGUAG